AUGACGACUUCGCUGCUCCUGCACCCGCGCUGGCCGGAGAGCCUUAUGUACGUCUAUGAGGACAGUUCGGCUGAGAACAGCGGAGGAGGAGGCGGCGCCGGCGGCGGAGGAGGCGAGGGAGGAGGGGGGGGAAGCUGCAGCGGAGCCAGCCCCGGCAAAGCCCCGAUCAUGGACGGACUGGGCGGCAGCUGCCCCUCCAGCCACUGCCGGGACCUGCUCACCCACCCGGUUCUGGGCCGGCCCCCGGCUCCCCUGGGCGCUCCGCAGGGCGCCGUCUACACGGACAUCCCCGCCCCAGAGGCGGCCCGCCAAUGCCCCCCGCCGCCAGCGCCCCCCACCUCGUCCAGCGCUACCCUAGGCUACGGCUACCCUUUCGGGGGCAGCUACUACGGCUGCCGCCUAUCCCACAACGUGAACUUGCAGCAGAAGCCCUGCGCCUACCACCCCGGGGACAAGUAUCCCGAGCCGUCGGGGGCCUUGCCGGGAGAUGAUUUAUCCUCCAGGGCCAAGGAGUUCGCCUUUUACCCCAGCUUUGCCAGCUCCUACCAAGCGAUGCCUGGCUACUUGGACGUGUCCGUGGUGCCGGGCAUCAGCGGGCACCCCGAGCCCCGCCACGACGCCCUCAUCCCCGUCGAGGGUUACCAGCAUUGGGCGCUCUCCAACGGCUGGGACAGUCAGGUGUAUUGCUCCAAGGAGCAGUCGCAGUCAGCCCACCUCUGGAAGUCUCCUUUUCCAGACGUAGUCCCCCUGCAGCCUGAGGUCAGCAGCUACCGAAGGGGCCGAAAGAAGCGAGUGCCCUACACCAAGGUUCAGCUGAAGGAACUCGAGAAGGAGUAUGCGGCCAGCAAGUUCAUUACCAAAGAGAAGAGGCGGCGGAUCUCAGCCACCACCAACCUCUCAGAACGCCAGGUCACCAUCUGGUUCCAAAACCGUCGAGUCAAAGAGAAGAAGGUGGUCAGCAAAGCUAAGGCACCCCAUCUCCACUCUACCUGA